UGGUGCUGUGGCUCCGCAGCCACGCACCACUACCAAGACUGGCAGGAAUAUUAAGUUCAGCUAUGCUGAAAACAUGGCGUUGGUGCGUGAGCUGAUGAAGCACCAUCGGCAAUUGUUUGGGCAGGAUGCUGCCAAGGUGUCCUCCCGCAGGAAGUCUGUCCUGUGGGGGAAAGUAAUAGUUGCCGUAAAUAGUGAGGGUGUGGUGAGGCGGACUGAGGACACGUGUCGCAAGAGGUUCUAUGACAUAAAGCGCCGUGUCAAGGCCAAGAUGGCCAAAGAGGCUAAAUCAGCACGCAAAACCGGGGGUGGCCCCCCUUUCCGGGCAACCUAUCGGGAGUGGGAGGAGCCUGUGCGGGCACUGAUUCCAGCAGAAGUGGUGUCUGCAACUCAUGUCCGGGAUUCGGACCGACCCACGCAGGAUGUCCGACAGACCAGCCGGCCAGACAGGCCACAGACAACUCAGGAUGAUGCUGGGAUUGCAGGUUCUGCUUCUGUAAGCCGCCCUCCUCUAAGGCGCCCAUCACAGGGCUCGGGGCACUUACCCAGGAGGCCAAGUAAGACACGGCGUCUUGUCUCUGAAUCUGCGGCUCCAUCUUCCCCACCCAGGCGGCGCAUUUCUGCAGUAUCACCCCAGCCACCACAGGCACUAUUGGCGAGUCCACAGAGUGAUGAGCCCAGAUCACCUCAGUUAUCUGAGCCAAGCUUGAUGCCCGACGUGGACCAGCAGGGACAAGACCAACAGGCAACAUUCACACUGCAACUAACACCUGUUGACCCUAGCCAGCCAAUACAGCCGCAGGAUAUCCCCCAAGCCUCCAUGAGUCCACAACUGGUACAAGCUCCACCCCAGCCACAAAUUCCAGAUGACUUUUGGUCCAGUUGGACAAGCCAACAGACCCAAAGCAAUGCCAGCCUGACCGCACAUACCCAACACCUUGCCAGUCUGCCCCAUCAUCUACCGCGCAUUAGUCGCAACUCGGGCAGACUGAUUGUCCAAGUAGGCCGAAUCGCAACAUCGAUGGAGCAAAUACGGGCAGACAACAACCAAAUGCUGGCUCAUUUAACGCGCAUCAUUGAUGAGCAACAGCGCCAGCACCAAACACUCAUACAACUAAUACAGCACAACCAGGUUGUGAAUGAAUCUUUAUCCCGGAUUGUAGCCAGCCACACUGCAACCAACACACAACUGAAUGCCAGCAUAAAUAAUUUGAGCAACAACAUAACAUUGAUGGCAGCACAACAAGUGACCUCCAGCUCUGGAACCACGACCCCUACCCAAACACCAGUAACCUCCCCUGUUCGGCGAUCCUCCCGAGCACGUGCCAGUGAGCCAGCACAAAGCACAGCACCCAGCACACACAAGCGCAAAAAAUAAUACAUCAAAAACUUU